AUGGUUGUUCAUGACGGCCACGAGUACCUCACUGAGGAAGAGAGACGCCUCAAGGAGGAUCGCGACCGCACCAAGUACUGGAAGAAAUGGGUCCGAGAGGAUUACAGCCCUGAUGGAGAUGCCUGGAGCCACUUCCCUCACGACCAUGCCCGAUCGCGAGCUUUCCGAUGGGGUGAAGAUGGUAUUGCUGGUGUCUGCGACACUCAUGGCUACCAAAACAUUGGAUUUAGCUUCUGGAAUGAGAAAGACGACUUUCUUAAGGAACGUCUCUUUGGCCUCUCCAACCCACAGGGCAACCACGGAGAAAGUGUCAAGGAAGCCCAUUUUCACGUCGAUAACACUCCACAUUCGUACAUGAAGUUUCUCUACAAGUACCCGCAGAAAAAGUUCCCCUACAAAGACCUGAUCGACGAGAACGCCCGCAGAGGAAAGGAGGACAAGGAGUACCAGAUCAUCGACACUGGCGUAUUUGACGAGGAUAGGUACUGGGAUAUCUUCAUCGAGACCGCCAAAGAAACCGACGACCCCGAUGAGAUCCUGUUUCGAGUUACCGCGUGGAACCGAGGCCCCGACCCUGCGCCGCUUCACAUCAUUCCUCAAGUGUGGUUCCGCAACACUUGGAGCUGGGGUCGAGAGCCCGAGGACAAGAAGCCUUCGAUUAAAUCCGUUGACGAGAUCGCCGCCAAGUCCAACCACUGGAACCUAGGAGAGCGCUACUUCCUUUGCUCCCCAUCGCCUGGUGUUGGCUCGAGUGGUGACGAUGUGAUGCCCCAGUUCAUGUUCACCGAGAACGACACGAAUUUCAAGGCUCUGUACGACCAGGAGAAUAAGCAGCCAUAUGUGAAGGAUGCUUUCCACAGGUACAUUGUCGAUGGCGAGAAGGAUGCCGUCAACCCUGCCAAGACUGGUACCAAAUGCGCUGCUUGGUUCAACUUUAAUGAGGACGGUGGUGUCAACCCUGGUGAAUGUGCUGUCGUUCGUUUCCGCUUCACAAGAAGAGACGAUAGCUACCUGGACGAGGAAGAGUUCGACGAUGUGAUGGAGAGCCGCAGGGAAGAGGCGGACGAGUUCUACUACAGACUCAGCCCUCUUCCCAUGGCAGACGACCUGCGAAACAUCCAAAGACAGGCCUUCUCUGGCAUGAUGUGGACCAAGCAGCACUAUCAUUUCAUCUGGGAUCAUUGGGCGAACGGUGAUCCCACGAUGCCUCCUCCCCCGGCUUCACGGAAAGACAUCAGAAACUCAGCGUGGAAGCACAUGCAUUGCGAUGAUAUUCUGUCAAUGCCUGACUCGUGGGAGUAUCCCUUCUUUGCUGCGUGGGACAGCGCUUUUCACUGCAUCCCGCUGGCCAUGAUUGACCCCGAUUUCGCCAAGAAGCAGCUUGACUUGUUCACCCGAGAGUGGUACUGUCACCCCAACGGACAGCUUCCAGCUUACGAGUGGAAUUUUGGCGAUGUGAACCCCCCAGUGCACGCCUGGGCCACAUUUAGAACUUUCAAGAUCGAGCGAAAGAUGUAUGGCCGUCAGGAUCUUGACUUCCUGGAGCGUGUGUUCCAGAAGCUGCUCCUUAACUUUACCUGGUGGGUGAACCGUAAGGAUGCUGAUGGCAAGAAUGUGUUUGAAGGAGGCUUCCUGGGCCUCGACAACAUUGGCUUGUUCAACCGAUCUGAGCCCCUGCCCACCGGAGGUGUCCUCGAACAGGCUGACAGCACAGGAUGGAUGGCCUUUUACUGUCUGUCCAUGCUCAACAUUGCCCUCGAGCUGGCCAAGCACCGACGCAUCUACGAGGACAUUGCAUCCAAGUUCUUUGAGCACUUCAUCUUCAUUAGUGAUGCGAUGACCUUCCGAACGGGCCACAAGGAUGAAAAAUCUCUUUGGAACGAGGAGGAUGGCUUCUACUAUGAUGCCAUCUCUUGGGGCGGCCCCUGGAUCCAGCAGCUGCCCGUUCGAUCGCUCGUGGGCCUUAUCCCGCUGUAUGCGACCAUCACUCUGGAGCCAGAGCUGAUCAACAGGCUCCCGUCAUUCAAGAAGCGGGUUGACUGGUUCAUUGAAAACCGGUGUGAUCUGGCUGAACGAAACAUGGCCAGUAUUCGGAAGCGAGGAAAGGGGAACAGAAUCUUGCUGUCCAUUGUGAGCAAGGACAGGCUGGAGAAGAUCCUCAAGCGAAUGCUCGACGAGGAUGAAUUCUUCAGCGAUCACGGCAUUCGAUCCCUUUCCAAGUUCCACAAGGAGAACCCCUUCUCGAUGGAUGUCAACGGACAGAAGUUCUGUGUUGGAUACGUGCCAGGAGAUUCUGACAGCGGCUUGUUCGGCGGCAACAGCAACUGGAGAGGCCCUAUCUGGCUGUGCGUCAACUUCUUGCUGGUUGAGUCCCUACAGCGCUUCUUCCUGUUCUAUGGACCCGACUUCCAGGUUGAAUGUCCGACGGGCAGUGGCGACUACAUGCAUCUGGGCAAGGUGUCUGAAGAGAUUCAGCAUCGCCUGCAGCAUCUGUUUGCCCGUACGGAUGAUGGUAGGCGCAGCAUCAACGGUGGCGAUGACCGUCUAGACUUUGAUGAGAACUGGAAGGAUUACCUCUGGUUCCACGAGUUCUUUGACGGCGACACUGGACGAGGCCUGGGCGCUACCCACCAAUGUGGCUGGACCGGUCUGAUUGCUCGAAUGAUCCAUGAUACUGGUGUCAACUGCCGUCUUCCUCACACCCCUCGUACACCAUCUAUCGCCAUGAGCCACUACUUUGAUGACGUUUUCCAUCGAAGUGCCGGCGUUCCUCACCAAGGUGGCAUGCCUCGCAUCAGGCGCUCAUCAACAGCUCGCUCCAUCGGUGCUCGUAGUGAUUUUGAUGAUGAUGCUCGCUCCAUGACCAACUCUAUUCAUCACGAUGACCCAGAGCGAGCCAAGGAACGGUCCGAGGCGGAUGCUCACAUGCAUAGCUACGUUUCGGACCAGCUCGAGAGGUACAAGGAUGAAAGAGCUCAGGGCUAUGAGCACGACGACGAGUACGAGACGAAGGCAUAG